UCCUGCUGGCCGAGUAAUUAGCUCUGCACAGCAAGGGGUGAGCAGUUAGUUUUCUGUUAGUAUCAGUGUUCACUGCAUCCAAACUGAUUUGAGGCACUGGCUGCUGCACGAGACGAGUCCCCAGGAAAGCACAACAAACGUCGGAUGAAUUCUGAGCUAUUAGCUGUGGUCACUUUGCCUCCUGGCUGAAAUCAGGGUGGGGUUUCUGGCACAGGACUGCUUGCUGAGAAUCACCAUGACACUCCUAGGGUCUGAGCAUUCUUUGUUGAUUCGGAGCAAGUUCACAUCAGCUUUACAGUUACGACUUCAACAAAGAAGGACCCAAGAACAACUGGCUAAUCAAGACAUAAUGCUGGCAUUGCAAAAUCAAACUAUAUUCCAAGAGCAAAGAAAAGGCUUUGAUAAGACUGAAGACUAUUUAAAGCACAAGAUCAGAAAUAGACCUGAAGGGAGCAACUUGAUCAACAUGCACAUUUUACAAGACACAACCUCAGAGGAAUCCAUUCCAGCUCCUCAGAUGAAGCUUAAAAGAGCCCGACUUGCAGAUGAUCUGACUGAAAAAAUUGCUCUCAGACCAGGUCUCCUGGAACUGGUUGAGAAGAAUAGAAUUCCUGUUGAUUCGACUAUGAAAGAGUCUGUGAAAGGUGACCAUGUAGGCGUCUCCAAAUCAACAGAUGCUUUCGCCUUUGAUGAGGACAGCAGCAGUGAUGAACUCUCUCCAGAACAGACACGAAGUGAAGAUUCACAGGGUUCUAAUAGUUUCCCACCUGACACAAAAGCCACAGAGACCUCUUCAACUGCCCCAUCAGAAACAACUCAGGAUCAUACUUCUGGCUCUGAAAAUGAUAGAAAUGAACCAGCAUCACACUUCAUCAACCAAUCAGACAACAUGAAGCAGGUGAAUGGCCCAUUGAGCUCACCCAUCCCUGUGCCCGCUGUGGUAAAGUCUAAGUCCUUUAGUGAUAGCAAGAACCGCCACAAAAAGCCAAAGGACACCAAGCCAAAGGUGAAGAAGCUAAAAUAUCACCAAUAUAUUCCACCUGACCAAAAGGCAGAAAAGUCUCCUCCACCCAUGGACUCUGCCUAUGCUAGGCUUCUGCAGCAACAGCAACUUUUCCUACAGCUACAAAUCCUCAGCCAACAGCAACAGCAGCAAAGAUUCAGCUACCCAGGGCAUCAUCAAGAACAGCUAAAUGAAUCUCAUGAAGAGUUGAUCAGCAAUCCAAACUCAUCAGUUUCCAUAAGCAAUACUCCUCUGUCUCCUGCCAAAACCACUUUUUCUGGACAAACUGGCAUUUCUUCUCUCAAGCUGGGUCCUCUUCCAUCAAAUCUGGAUGAUCUGAAGGUCUCCGAAUUGAGACAACAGCUUCGAAUAAGGGGCCUGCCUGUAUCAGGCACCAAAACAGCUCUCAUGAAUCGUCUUCGACCCUUUCAGGACUGCCCUGGGAGCUCAGUACCAAACUUUAGUGAUAUAACUACUAUCACUUUUCCUGUCAACCCAGCCAAUACUCUAACCAGUUAUCAGUCCUCUUCUAGUAGUGUCUUACCCAACGGGUUCUAUCACUUUGGCAGCACCAGUUCUACCCCACCCAUUUCCCCAGCUUCAUCUGAUGUCUCAGUCACUGGCUCUUUACCAGAUACAUUCAAUGACACUUCACCAUCCUUUGUUCUGCAGCCCUCUCCUGUCCACCUUUGCACAGAGGAGAGCCUAAUGAGCAGCCUCAACGGGAGUUGCAUCCAGUCUGAUUUAGACGGGAAUGAUUCUGAGAAGGAUAAGAUGUUAGUAGAGAAGCAAAAGGUGAUUAAUGAACUCACCAUGAAGCUACAGCAAGAGCAAAGACAAGUGGAAGAGCUGAGAAUGCAACUGCAGAAGCAGAAGAAGAGUAACUGUGCAGAGAAGAAACAGUCACAGACACAUUUCUUUGGUGUUCCCAUCAACAGAGAAGACACUGUGUGCAGUUGCCCUUUUCCAUCAAAACAAACAUCUGUGAAAAUACAGACCAAUAAUUCAGAGAAACAACUAAGUACUCGAGAACCUGCCCAGCUUCUUUCCCCUCUAAACGGUCAUUCUGUAGAGUCUGUGGGACAGACCAAAGUAUUUUCUCCCACAUUUCUUAGCCCUCAGAAUUCUCCCCAGCAUUCUCCACUUGGAGCUAUAAAAAGUCCACAAUGUGUCAGUCAGCCCCCAUCACCCAACAACCAUUACGUCCUCUCUUCAUCUUCUAACUCCCAAGGAGAGAAGCCCAGUGGCCUUCCACAAACCAGCAGCAAAAUAUGCUCAAUUCAGAGCUCAGGAGUACAAGAUGGCAGUACUUCAGGCUUCUCUCCUGAGUCAUCCAAUCUACGCAUUCCGUUCAUUGGUACCCAGCAAGACAGUAGGCAGGUUACCAGAGUCAAUGCUUCUUCCAAAAGCCCUGAUACAAAACACAAGAUGGCUGUUUUACAUUCUUCUUGUCAGGCAGGGCCAAAACUUUCUAUUUCAUCCCCAACUUUUUCAAAGUCAAGUUCAGGACUUUCAGAGAUAACACAGCCUCCCACUUAUGAGGAUGCAAUAAAGCAGCAAACGAUUCAAAGUCAACAGAUGGAUGAACUCCUUGCUGUCCUCAUUGAAAGUGGAGAAAUGCCAGCAAAUGUCAAAGAAGAUCAUUCAUGUUUUCAAAAAGCACAAAAGAUAACUGGAUCUUCUCAAAGUCUUCUCCACAAAUCCUCUAGCCCAUUUGAGCAUAUGUCUUCAGCAACCCAGCUCUCUUUUGAUCACUGCACAACUAAUAGUGACAAUCACUUUGAAGUCUUAUUGAAUUCUCAUAGUCCCUUGGGCAAGGUCAGCGAUGUCACACUUCUAAAAAUUGGAAUUGAGGAAUCUCAGUUUGAAGGAAUUGUGGAUAGAUUCUCUGACAAAACAACAGAUGAACUUUUAGGUUCUCAUGAGAUCUUGCCAGCUCCUCUUUCGCCCAUACAACCUCAACUUUCACCUUCUUCCAUAGAUGGAACAGGUUUGCAGAUGAGCUUAACAGAAUCUCCAUGGGAAACUAUGGAGUGGCUAGACCUUACCCCACCAAGUUCUACAACAGACUUUAGUUCAAUCACUGCCACAGGACCAAGCAUCUUCAACAGUGAUUUCUUGGAUAUUACUGAUCUCAGUUUGAAUAGCACCAUGGACCUUCAUUUACAACAGUGGUAAAAUACCAAAUGUGCAAUACUAAGUAUGAGCAGGAAUGCACUGAAGGAGAAUGAAAAUACCUAAUCACAGAUGCCUUUAUUAUUAAUAGAAGAGAUAAAGCCAAAAAGAAGCAAUGCAGGAUUUAGUUCCAGCCAAUAAGAAGAAAAUGGACUCUUUAUUAUAUAAAGUUUUCCAACUGUUUGCUACUGAGAAUGAUUCAAAUUAUAACUUUCGUAGUUGGCUUUUUUAGACUACAGGUGCCAAGAAUGUCUUUCAGUGCCUCUAAAAAACAUGGAUUUAAAAAAAGCGUAAUUUUCUCAGGCAUUGUUUGGGUCUUGUCUCAUCUUAAAAUGAAACCCAUUCACAUAACUGGACAACUCAGCACAUAAUGUAGAAGGGAAAAGAGAUUUGCUUUAAGAACAAAGAGAAUCAUAAAGACCCAGUUCAAACCUAGGGAAAUGGAAUGUCUUCAUAUUAUAGGCUAUUAACUCAUUUUCCAGGGAUGAUACUGCCUAUGCAUUAAUCUGGGGGAAAAUACUAGCUUCCUUUGGGAAAUCCUUGGAUAGCUUUUGAGCCAUCAGUGGAAGAAGACAAAGCCCAUUUAAUUCUAGGGAAGCUAGGUCAGCUCAGCAGGUUUCAUCAGUAAUGCUUUUCCAGGGACUGACUUCAAUCAGGAGCACAGGCCUUUUUUGGUCCUUGAUAAUAGCUGACACAUCAAAGGGACCCAGGUCUACCCUGGGGUUGUGUUAAGCACAUUCUUCACCUUCAAGCAGCUAGCACUGUUUCUUGAGAAAAAGAACAGUGUAUACAAAGUUGAGUGGGCUAAAAAGUCCAAUUUUUGCUCUCUAUAAAGGUUUGAUACUUUACUCUCCAGAUCUCCAAUGAGAGAGGAGAAGAGGCUGAGGAAAGUGGUCAGUCAAGGUUUAAGUCAGCAGAAUGUUGAUGAGAUAAGAGGUAAUAAUUCUUGAGGCAGUAUCAGCAGAACAGCAAUUAGAAGAAGCUGAAGAAGGCCCUUAUUUCAGUCAGGAGCAGGAAACAUAUAUAUGGUUACUCUCUGGCCUUCUGAUGGUGACAUUAACAUGAGUCUUCAUUAUUCUUGAAGUUCAAAUUAAAUUCUUAGGUUUGGGGAGGGGGGUGUGUGGUCCACCCUAAUUCAUAUUUUCCCUCUUCACUUUCCUUGCAGCUUGUCCAUCUCCUUUUACUGUUCUCCUAAUCCUUUUUCUUUCUGUAGAGCCUCCAUUUUUUUACUCUCGAGUCUUAGUUGAGUGAAAAAGCAUAACUGGUAAGGUCUGACAUAGCAACAAAAUUUUCUGAUAAUGCUACUAGGAAAUACUAAUGCACUCAGAUCCAUAGGAUAAUACCUCCUCCACUGUCACAAGACCUUCCUUGAGAAAAAAAAUUCUUGUGAAAUGUUUCAUAAGCCUCUCAGGUGACAGGUCAUUAUAUUCCCAUUUGUUUUCUAAAAAGCCAUUCAAUCAUCUGAUAUUUUAUAAAGAUCCACUUUGGAAAACCUGAUUACUAUCAUGCAAAUGGUAAGUAUAGGUUAAAAAAAGAUAUUUAUGUAAUAGAGUAUAGUUUGUGAAACUAAAGAAACUAAAAGAAAACAGUUGCACAUUGUAGGGGAAAAGGGAGGUUUGGGGGACAGUAGAGAGUAGUGUUAUCUUCAUUCCCUUUGACCUUUUGGAUUUGGGCUAGGAGCUGACAAGAAUGUUGUAGAAAAUUUUCUUCAGAUCUCACUGUUACUCCCACCCAGAACUGGUUACUUUGGAAGAUAUAGAAAGUAGCUAUAUGUUUGUUUUUAAUCACAAAUACACUAUUUCCUUCUAUUUUUUUACAAAUAUUGUUCACUGUGCACUCCUAAGAUAUAAAAAAAUCAAUUUCCAUUUUCAUGAUGUUUAGGAUUUCUCUUAGAAAAUCAAAAAUUGACACAUCAUUCCAGUGUCAUCUGCAAAAGUGUUUAAACAAUCAUUUUGGUGGCUACCACCAUUGUGCAAGCUUUCAGGCUCUUAUUCUGAGAGGAAAAUGUUUUUCUAAAGCAGUAUUAUUAACCAUCCAUGUAUAACUGCUUAGCUGCUAUGAAAUGAUGCCUGGAUAUAUCCUACAGGAACUUUCUGAUGGAACUACAAGACUACAAUGGAAUAACUGGUUGUUCUCAUCUAAGUGCCUUAGAGCAUGGUUCAUAACACCUGGCUAAUCAAGAACAGAUGUGAAGACAUAAAAUGAUUUCAACAAGUAUCUCUGGAAAAGUCCACGAAGAAUAUGCAAAUUGUCUUACAUUCCUCAUAUCUAAGUUACUACUCUAUAUUGUUUUAAAAGAUUUAUAUGGGACAUCUAUUCAGAUUAGUCAUCAUUCCUGAGUAUCCAAGUGGAGAAAUCAUCAUUUCUUUGAAACUAAAGAUAUGAGAAGGGAAAUCUCAAUACAUUCCUCACAUUCAUAAGAUAAUAUGAUCUUAUUUAAAUCUUAACUUCCUUCUUGGUACAUAUUGCCACAUCCCAUGUUUGUUUUUUUCUUUCUUCUUAGUUCCUUUUAAAAACAAUCACACAAUA